CCCAGUCUAGAGUGUGUGUGAUCUUGACUGGGGACUAGUGUGUGUGUGUGAUUCAGCCAAUGCGACAGAGCUGCCUCACAGAGACAGCAUGGCGGACGACUUCAGCCACCAAGUGAAGAAGGUAGCUCUGGCCAUGGGUGCAUCCCUCAGCGACCACGACCUGGAACGCCUCCCCCGGGAGAUGAGACUGAAGGGCAACUUCAAUUACAGCAAGUUUCUAGAGUACAUGAGGCAGUUCAAAACUUCAGAAUAACAAGAGGAGUUGACCAAGAAAGCCUUUCAGAAGCUGGACAAAGACGGCAGCGGCUACAUCGAGUGGAACGAAAUCAAGUACAUUCUGUCGGUUGUGCCCAGUUCAGCUCCUGUAGUGCCCCUGUCUGACGAGGUGGCGGAGGCCUUAAUUCAGACAGCCGACACGGAUGGUGACGGACGCAUUAACUUCAAAGAGUUCUCAGAAAUGGUUAAACAGGAGAAGAAACCUAAGAAGUGACAGACUACCCUCACAACCAUCACAUCUGCAGAUGUUUAUGGUUGACGUGAAGUCUGAAGAGACAUUACUCAUUCCCCUCCCCCCCCCCACACCCCUCCCUCCCCCC